GACCUCUGAGGAAGACGUAAUUUUGUAAUUUUGCUGCUGCUGACGUUUAGAAAACAAGUAAGACCCUAAAUAUUUUCACUGGCAAUGAUGUCCAGAUUCCCCUUCUCAGCAUGAGCAGAACCAGACGGACUGUCCAGAGGUGGACGUGCCCUCCGCUGUCUUUUUCACCGUCGGAGUGAUGAGCCUGGCUGAGAACCUCCUGGUUGUGAUCGCCGUCAUCAAGAACAGGAACCUCCACUCACCCAUGUACUGCUUCAUAUGUAGCCUGGCUGCUUUUAACACUACGGCCAGUUUGACGAAAACCUUGGAGAACCUGAUGAUAGCUUUUGCUGAUGGGGGACACCUGGAAAAAAAAGGUCUUUCCGCGACCAAGCUGGAUGAUAUAAUGGACUCCCUUCUUUGCAUGUCCUUUGUGGGCUCCAUUAUCAGUUUUUUGGCCAUUGCUGUUGACCGGUACAUCACUAUAUUUCAUGCACUGCAAUACCACAGCAUCAUGACCAUGCAGCGCACUGGAGCCAUCUUGGGGUUCAUUUGGACAACGUGCGGCGUGUUAGCAAUACUGAUGGUGAGGUUCUUCGAGUUCAGGUUCAUCAUGAUCUGCCUAGUUGUUUUUUUCUUGGUCUCUUUGGCCCUGAUCUGCUUUCUAUACGUCUACAUGUUCAUGUUGGCUCGUGUCCAUGCCAAAAACAUUGCGUCGCUCCCUGCUGGAGGCGGGGGCAAGCGCCGACAGCGGAGGACAUGGGGGAGCAACAUGACAGGUGCCGUGACUCUCACCAUCCUGAUUGGAGCGUUUGUGGUGUGUUGGGCACCAUUUUUCCUGCACCUCAUUAUCAUCAUGAUGUGCCCCCUGAAUCCGUAUUGCGAGUGUUACAGGUCCCUUUUCCAGCUGCAUGUGGUGCUAAUGAUGAGCCAUGCCCUGAUAGACCCAGCUAUCUAUGCCUUUCGAAGUGCAGAGCUUAGAUACACCUUCAGGAAGAUGCUUCUUUGCCCCGAUUGGAAGUUAUGCUCA